UACAUGUUCCAGCUGCCGAUAUUCAAAACACAAGCAUGGCCGCUUCCUCGUCAGGAUACAGCAACAUGCUCUUUAAAAUGAGGAACUAUGCCAUUAAAUCACAAACUUUAUGUCAUGUUGAUACUUGUAAUCUCAUUAUAAGGAGAAUAUGGACGUCCGGAUCUAAAAAUCAACUACAGCCCAAAGUACAGACUAAAAGCCUUCCUCAGAUGGUUGGUGUUGUUGGUCUGGAAAUCCAUGCUCAGAUUCACUCCAGAUCAAAGCUCUUCUCUGGUUCUCAUGUUAGUUUCUUGGCUCCACCAAACUCACUUGUCUCACAUUUUGAUGCCUCAUUACCAGGAACACUGCCAGUCCUGAACAGAAGAUGUGUGGAGGCUGCAGUAAUGACAGGCCUCGCUCUCAACUGUACCAUCAACAGAAUGUCACUAUUUGACAGGAAGCAUUACUUUUAUGCUGACAUGCCCGCAGGCUAUCAGAUCACUCAGCAGAGGCUGCCCAUAGCAGUGAAUGGCGCACUGGUCUAUAGUCACUUUGAAGGUCGCAGAAGGAACCAAGUGGUAACCAAGAGUGUGAGAAUUAAACAGAUCCAGCUAGAGCAAGACAGCGGAAAGAGUCUCCAUGACGACGAAAGGAGCCAGACUCUCAUAGAUCUCAACAGAGCAGGUGUAGGUCUGAUGGAGCUGGUGAUGGAGCCAGAUAUGUGUUGUGGAGAAGAGGCAGCGGCUGCCGUCAGAGAGCUUCAGCUCAUCCUGCAGGCUCUGGGCACCUGCCAGGCCAACAUGGCUGAGGGUCAGCUUAGAGUUGAUGCCAAUGUGUCCGUUCAUCGACCUAGAGAGCCUCUGGGAGUGAGGACAGAGGUAAAAAACAUCAACAGUGUGAGGCACUUAGCCAAGGCCAUAGACUAUGAGAUCCAGAGACAGAUGGAGGUUCUACAGAGCGGUGGGACGGUUCUUAACGAGACCCGGGCUUUUGACAGCAAAUCUGGUAACACUAUUCCGAUGAGGGACAAGGAAGGCUUACAGGACUACAGGUUCAUGCCAGAGCCCAACUUGCCCCCUCUGUUUGUUUAUGAGAGUGAUGCCUCAGUGCCUGGAGGCAUUGACCCCACCCAGGCGGUGAUGAUUGACAGGCUGCAGGCUCAAUUGCCAGAGCUACCAUCUGUGAGGAGGGCAAGGCUUGUGGAGAAAUACGGAAUCUUACGAGAGCAUAGCUUCUCUCUGGUGAAUGAGGAUGGGCUUAUGGAGUACUUUGAGAGUGUUGUUCAGAUGGCGAACACAGAACCGAGGAAGGUGAUUGGCUGGGUGAUGAAUGAGCUGAUGGGAAAUCUGAACCUGCAGAGUCUGAAAGUGUCACAGAGUCCCAUCUCUCCAUCUGCUCUUGCUGAGCUGAUCAAUCUUGUGGAAUCUGGUCACAUCUCAUCUUCAGCUGCCAAGCAGGUUUUCCAGGAGAUGUGGAAGGCUCCAGAGAAGACAGCAGCUCAGAUAGUGAAGGAGCAGGAUUUGGGGCUGAUAAAUGACAGGGAGGAACUACAGAGGAUCUGUCGGAGAGUGGUUGACAGUCAUCCUGAGGAGGUUCAGAUUAUCAAAGGGGGUAAUAAGAAAGUUCUCAACAAAUUGAUGGGCGAGAUUCAGAGAGAAACCAAAGGCAGAACUGACCCGGUUCAAAUCAGGACCAUUCUAGAGUGCAUGAUCUCUUGAUGCCAUCUCGUGAAUCACCCAACAUGCAUCUCUGUUGGUUAACGCUGUGUUCUGCACUAGCAGAAUCAUUGGAUUUCUGUGAUGUUUGUCCUGUUGUUGGUGUAACCUAACAAUCAUUAUUGUAGUUAAUAGCCUCUGUACAGUUGUUAUCCAGAAAGUGUCUUGAGGCAUCUGAGGCUACACAGCUCUGAUGUCCUGUUUAUAUGUAACAUGCUGAUAAAUAAAUCUGUUUUA